GGUUGAAAGCGAAGCCGCGAUCAACAGUUGACCGUCAGCGAAGGUCAUGGCUGAAGCUAGCGGCGACACGUACGAGGAGAGCGAACACGCGGAGACAGUGUCCUGGGCGCAGCUGGCGACCAACAUCCAGCAGAGGUUCUGCGAGCUGUUCGAUGGCCGGCCCUGGGAGCCCGUCGACACCUCCCCGGCCUGCUUGGACAACCUGCGGAGGAACAUCGGCUACGCGCUGUUCGGGCCGCCCCCGCGGCUCCCGGGCGACGACGGGAGCAGCGGCUAUACCGAGGCGCAGCUCAAGCAGGUGGGGAAGAUACACCGGCCCGUCGUGAGGCUCAUCAGCGGAGACCCCAAGGCGGUCAUGUUCCUCUUCUUCGGCGUGAAGCAGCGAGGGAGCCACCGCACGGUGCCCGUGUUCCGGGUCGUCGCGGGCGAACUCCCCGACGCCGCGUCGGACAGCUUCGUCGACCACAACGGCCGCGUGUACCGCGGCUGGCAGGACCUGGCGAGAAACCACGUGUUCCCCGACUGCCUCGUGUGCUGCCCCCGGCGCGGGCUGUACACCCGCACCGACGGGAGGGUCGAUGUGGAGUUCCUGCAGCCGGCGCCGGCCAGGAGGGUGCUGGACGCGCUGAACCUGACGACGGCGCUCGCGGCGACGUCAGUUGGCGUGGCGACGCUGCUGGUCGCCGUGCCGGGCAGCGUGCUGCUGGCGGCAACGGUCGCCGGCGUCGCCUCGGGCUGCUACGGGCUGGGCCAGAGCGUCGGGCACCUGGUGGACAGGAGCCAGCACGGGCAGACACUCGGCCUCAGGAGCUCGGGCGCGCGCGGCGACUGGCUGGGAGUCGCCGGCAACACGGCGGGCAUCGCGCUGGGCGGGGUCGACGCCGUGCGCUCCGUCUUCCUGCAGGGCAACUCGGGCUGCCUGCGCCUGCUGUCGUCGCUCAACAUCGGCUGCUCCGCCGUCAAGGGGCUGUCCGUCAUCAACGGCCUCGCGGACGUCACCGGCAAGGCGAGGGCCGCCGGGAGGAUCACCCCGCUCGAUGCCUACCAGCUGUCGGCCUCCGUCCUCUUCUUCGGCGGCUCCGUCAUCUCCAUCAGCAGCGCCUCCAGUGCCCUCCAGAGACUGGUCCAGUUCGACACCCAGAAGGUCACCGACAUCAUCGGCACCAUAGAAAAAGCAGACGGCGUCGUAAAGACUUUCAUCCCCGUCACGGACGACAUCCCCGCGCCGGAAGAACACGAGAAAAAAGAGAAAAGUCGACGCAAAGAAGCUAGGAAACCGAUACCUAAAGAAUUCGUAGAUCUGACUGCGGAUCGAAUAGACAGCAUUAAAAUAAUAAAUAUCGAUGACCAUUUGGGUUGCGACGAAGCUUGUCACGAGACCACAAACAACUUGAACGACAAGCAAACGGCACAAGGUGAAAUGCAGUCCAACUCUCCGCUGGUGAAAUUAAUUAAUGUGCUUAGUUCACCAUCGUUAAAAUUUUAUCAGAUAGAUAAUAAUAAUACUGCACUUUCAGCAGCUGACACAGUCAACAAUGAAGCAAUUACAUUUGUGUCUUUCAGUGAACAGUCACCAGAACACAGUGAUGAAGGUAAAAGUAGUUCUGCAGAAAGUACAGGUAAUGCUAAGAAAGGUACGAUGCGAGGAAUGAAAAAUGUCUUGGCAGCCAUCCGAAUCUUGGAAACUCCAAAUAAAGGAAAGUACACAAUCAGUGGCAGCGAAAAUGGCACACCAAGAGAGAGAAAAAGUGAUGAGGUGCAAUCACAUAACGAUGAGGAAAAGAAUGAUAUGUCUGAAAAAGAUGUUUUACGAAAUCUUCUUGAACUCGCAAAGACGAAACAUACUGAGGAAGAAAAUGCCUAUCGGAAGGGAAAAAACAAAGCUUUGAACUGCAAGCCUAAACUCAAUAAGAUCCUGAUGAUCAACAGGUUUUGGACUCGCGACAAGCCUGACCAAUCCAAGCAUGACUCUGACCACAACCAGCCACUCAAGGAACAGAAUAUUCCUCUGGAUGAGAAACUGCAGUCAUAUUACUUUUCUGACGAGAAUACUGAGGCAAGCUUCGUGAAAUCACAAACAGAAAACUAAAUUUGAAAUUCAUGAGAAUUACGCUACAACAGAAGCUUACAGUAGUUUGCAAGUUAUGUACGAACCUACAUAAUGUAUUACUGUACACAACAAAUCUGAAGAUGAACAGUGUAUCAAGAUGAGAAAGGAAAAAUAAAUUUUCAUCCAAGCAAUACAAUCAAUUGUUGAUAGCAAUGAAAAACACUAUGAUAAGGGUUAUGCAAUCUAAUUACUUAUAUAUUGAAAAAGAAAACUGUAUAAAAAUAAUUUUUUAUUAAACAUAUUAUAGAAAUUACUAUAGUGCAACAUGCAUUUUUAAGCAGAACUUACUUAACUAAUGAACUAAAUCUCUUUAUAAAGUCAUGUCUCUCACAUUCACUUUGCAACCUGUGUACAAACAGCAGGGCCGCUGAGAGAAUUUGUGGGCCCCUGGGCAGCUGGGGUAGUAGGCCCCCUUCCUUUUUUUUUGUAUACCACUACUACGUACUAUGUAUACCAUAAAAAUAUAUGGUAUCGUAAAAAUGCAUCCUUCAUUUGAACAUACAACACAAUUUCCUAGUUACGCAAAAAAAAAAAAAAAAAAAAAAGGAGCAUUUGCAUGUAUUAUCUCAGUGCACUUUUACAUUGUU